AGCGAAGAGCCUGGGAACAAGCGGUGGCGCGCGGGGCAGGUGGCGAUCUCCUUUAGCCAAGACCAAGCUGUGCAGCGACCCUUUGGUCCUCAGCCAAGAUGUCCAAGAUGCUGUCCACGAUGGUCAAGGGCAUAAACCCUGACAAAGGCAACCUGGAAUCCAUGGAAAACAGUUCUUCUUCAAUCAUUGAAGAAAAAUUGAAGAAACAGGCAACUAAAGGCAAAGCAUCUGUGGUUAUUCCCGACCGCUCUGCUAAUCCUUUCCACAUGUCUGGAGACAUGGAUUUCUUCUUGCUCAGAGAUCAAGAGCGGAAUAAGACACUCUCGGAACGGGAGCAGAAAAGACACAUGCGGGUGCACGAGAAGAUGACUUACGCGUCCAAGGUGUCCGCCAAGCACACCAGCCUGCGGCGGGAGCUGCAGCUGGAGGACGAAGCCGAAGACAAAGAGAUACUCGCGGAGGCGGCUCAGCUGCAGAAUUUCCGCGACAACGUGGCCUGGAAGCUCGCCUUCACCAAAGAAAAGAAAUUGGAGCCUGAGACCAUCAACGGCUACCUCCAACAGAAGCGGCAGUUGUUCCUCAUCCAGUAUGCCCUAGAGAUGAAGCAUAAUGAGAUCCAGAGGCUGGAGAUGCUGACGGCCAAGGAAGAGGCCAAGCUGGAACGGGCAGAGAAGUCUCUGGCAAAGGAUGCAGCCCUGUUUGAUGAGUUUCUCAGGGAGAAUGACCACAGCUCAGUGCAGGCUCUGAGAGUGGCUGAGAAGGAGACCAAAGCAAAGAUGGAGAAGAUCACUGAGAUCAGGGAGCUUACCAGCCAGAUCAUGAAUAUAAAAAGCGAAAUCUCCAAGUUUGAAGACACUCUGCAGCAUUACAAAACCUACAGGGAUUUCCUGUACAAGCUGACACCCAAGGAGUGGUUCGAAGAACGGGAGAAGAAGCGCUUGGCUCUCAAAGAGGCCAUGGAGGCUGCCCAGACCCCCAGAGAGAGCUCUGUGGUCUCCACCCCAGGGAACAAAGGACCAGUGGCCAGGAGCAAGAUGAGCUCCCCAUGGGUCAGAGAGGGGCAGGGCUCCAAGAAACUGCCAAAGUUUCCCCAGUCAACACGGUUGGGGCAGACCGUGUCAAGCAGCGGCAGCUUCCAGCAGAACAGCUAUCCCAGUGUGUCCAGCGAUCUGGAGUCCAAACAGUCGAGCAGUGCCUUCCUCUUUGCAGCAGAGGACCCAGACAGCGACGGCGAGGAGGUGGAGCUGUACUUCAAGGAGCCCCAGCAGCUCCUGGACAUCUUUACGCAGCUGGAGGAGCAGAACCUCUCCCUGAUCCAGAACACGCAGGAGAUGGAUGAGACCUUGGAGGAACUGAGCGUCACCCUGAAAAACACCCAGAACCGCAUGGACAGGGAGGUCAGUCAGCUGAAGCAGUGGAUCACCACGAUGUUGAUGUCCAUUGCCAAGGAGGAGGAGACGGCUGCCGAGCUGGAGCUCAAAGCCCGGGUCUUCCACUUUGGAGAGUACCAGGGUGAUCAGCAGGACAAACUGCUGGAGAACCUGAAUCACAAGGUGCUGGACGUGUACCAGCACUGCAUUGGAGCCCAGCAUGACAGCAGCCUGGGCACCGUGCAGAUGCUGACUGUCAUCGAGCACCAGCUGGAUGAGCUGAUCGAGAGCCUCGAGCACGUGCCCCCAGCCAAGAUCAAGCAGGCCGAGAAGGCCAAGGAGAAGGAGCGGCGGCUAAGAGUGCGGGAAGAGAAGGUCAGGUUGCAGAAGCAGCUGCAGGAGGAGCGUCUGCAGCGAGCCCAGGCCCGGGCCCACGCCGAGGUUAAGAAGAAGAAGGGCAGGAGGCUGGUGUGCCGCUCCCGACCCCCACCUGCCCAAGCCAAGGUGGCGUCCGAGCACGUGUUCAAGGACAAGGAUAAGGAAGAACUGCUGUUUUUCUUCACUUAACCAUCUCACAGCCCUGGCCGGGGAGUUCGGCUGAAGCUUAUGAAAGACACUAGCUGUGGAAGAGACUGGGCUGGGUUUUGGUUGGAUCAUGAUUUAAACUGGCAUUCGUGCUUUCGGUUUUCUCCCGUACGUUUCCUUCCUUGCACAGAAAUAAAUUUGUGUCUCUUUGGUGUCUCAGAGGCCUCUUCAAGAAAGCUGACGCUGUCAGUAAACGUCAGCAUCCCUCUCUCUUUUAUCCUCCAGCCCUGAGCAAACGUGUGUGUAUGGGGGAGAGCAGCAUUUUAGCUGUUGCUGCAAAUGGCAGCUUUAAGAGGGACAAAAGCCUUGGGCAGAAACUCCAAUUGACUGUCGAGAUACAAUGUAGGCUUAACCCCACUAUAAAGGCAAAAGAAAAGCAAGCAGCAAGCUGGGCAGAUGAACUGAAGAGAAAAAUCACUUUUACACUCUAGACACAGAUCCUUGAAUUAAGCCAUGUGAAACCUCUGCUGGGCUGACCAUACAAAAAAAAACUUUUAUUUGUUGCCCUGGAAGUCGAGCCAUCACCAGCAGUGAACCACAGUGCCCAGGAAACAUUGACAGCCAGUACCAAUCAUCCCAUGGCAGACGUUCACUGAGGGGCGUGAGAGGGGCAACGAGCUGCCCCGGAGGGAAAGCGGACCUGUGGGCGCCACGCAGGCUCCACAGCUGCACCGGCAGGUGGGCCCGGCUCCUGCAGGGGGGCAGAGGGGCCAUGGGCCAGUCCUGGACCGUCCCGCAGGUCAGGUGCCAGGAGGGCAAGUUCAGCCCCUGGCCUUAGGUCUGUGGCACAGCACAGAAUUCUGUGGAAAAGAACCAGACACAAAUGCGGCUUGAAUUCUUCCAGACAGACUGCACCUCUGGGCAGAGCAAACAGAAGGAGCACAUCAGAAUGCUGGAGUCAUCCCCAAAUUCCAGAAAUAGAGAGACAGAGGAUGGGCAGGGUCUGGACGAUUCCAAGCCUGAGAAUCAAAAGAGCAUCCGAACAAACACACACACACACACUUGGAAAGGCACAAGGCAAGAGGAAAGCAUUUCUGAACAACCCUGUGUCUUUCCCACAAACCGUAAUUAACAAAUAAAUAUGUGCAAGAUUAUCAACCUGUCCCCUUUCAUGAGACAUACCUUACUCUGUAAAACUAUGAGUUUACAUAUUAUAUGCACAUCUCCAAACUUAAUAAAACAUACACAUACAUACCCUUAUUAUAGUCCUAUAAAUAAUUUAUAGGAGUCAGAACAUCGCUUUACAAACUGUUGUCAAAUGACUAUUAAAUGUUAAUUUUCAAAAUACAGAAUCUGGAAAAAUUAUUUUUGGAACUUUCAACUCUCCCAUUCCCCAACUCUGAGCUGCAAGUGGGGUCUAUGAAAAGGGGCUCGCAAACGGAUCCCCUCGACAUGCCCCACCCCACUCACCAUUGCUUCUCCCCCCCACAAACACACUGCCAGCUCUGCCUCCACAGCAAGAACACAGAUUAGAACAUGGAUUAGAACUGGGCUUCCCUGGGACGACGUGCCCACCUUUGCCCUAAUAUGGCAAAAUUGACCUCUCCAGGGACAUGGUCCAAGUCAUUGGGAAAUGGCCUGCCACACAAGUUCUCAGGAAGGACAGGGUAUUUCUAGUCACCUCUUGGGCAAAACGCCCAAACAUGGAAGCUAGAAGACCCCACUGUGGCUUUGCUAACUACCCUGCCUCCACGGCCCAGGACGCAUCAGAACAGGAUGGCAGGGCGGGCUGCGCAGGCACAGUGGGGUAAGGAGAGAGAACGUGCUUCUGGCAGAAGGCACUGCUCGUGGCAUGGAAGCACUUCACUCGGACUAGGCAGUUUCAAACAGCCCCAACAUCGUUCCUGAUGAAAUGUAAGAAAAGCAUCCUCCUUUAGUAAAGGUACCAAAACAUCUUCUGUAGAAGGAUCUUGGAUGUUCGAGCGGAAACUGAGUGGGAGUCUCCCCCAGGUCCACGAGACCAUCUACCCUGGGUCCUGAGGGGAAAAAAACAAAGUGGAGAUGCUCAUCCCCAGGUCUGUCCCAAAGCAGGGCGGCGCUUUCACUGCAGGUCCCGCAGAUUGAUGGUGCUUCCUGGGAACCGGGCGGUUUCAGGACCAGCAGUGUUGGCAGGAGCAGGAAGCACCUCCUGUGGAAGCAAGCAGAGCAUGUCAGGGCAGGAGGGAGAGCGGGAGCCAGGGCCAGACACGGCACCUGGGCUCUGAGGGCCCGCAGCUCAAAUGAUGCCUCUCAGAAGACAACAGUUCUGCUUUUUCACCAAAAUGCCCACAGACAAUACAAACCCAUGUCGGGGGGCCAGGAAGGCAUUUCUGAUUUUCCUUAAUUAACAAGAACUUGCUUUCCCCUUAUUUUCAGAGCAUGCUCCUUGAAGCAAAUAUUUAAAAUAUGGAUAAACAAAAGGGAGGAUGGACCCAAUACUGUGUUGUGUGUGUUUCCAGAUUUUUCUUUGCACACUGAUAUAUACCCACACAUGUUCAAGUACCCACUUAUCUUUUUGCAAAAACAAGAUCAUUCUUAUUUUGUAACCUUUUGUUCCCGCUUCAUGUACAGUAAACAUCUUUCCAAGUUAAGAGGUUUUCAUCUACUUCAUUUCUCGUGGCCAAACCGGACUCCAACCUCCUGGCUACACAUGACUCAUCGA